CUAACAUGCCUAGUUUGCCCCUACUGCUGCAAUUCCUUGACGAUCUCGAAGGCUGCAGCGACCCCCGAUAACCCUCACGGUCGGAAUGCUUUCACCUGUCGAACCUGUCCAUACCAAUUCGUUUUGGACCAGCCAUACUACGAGCGUACCUACAUGAAAAGGAAACAGAAAGACGACAUUCUCGGUGAAGAUCAGACUGACUUACCGGUCAACGAAGUGCCUGGCGGUUGUCCCAACGAGAAAUGCAGUUCGAAGCGCGCAUACUUUUAUCAGCUGCAGACACGCAGUGCCGACGAGCCUCCUACAUCUUUCUAUAAGGUACGACGCUAC